AUCGACUCUGAUCGGGAUGGGGCAGAGACCAGGACGUAUAUAGUUGUCAGCCAUCCCAGUUGAGUAGCCCUGAAACUAUGCCCAGCAACCUCAAAUUCUACUACUUGUUGGCCAGUCCAUGUUCUAGCAUAUCAAUGGAACACACCUUAAUAUCACACACUUUAUCGUAUCAACAAUGUUUGGCAAAGAUGUAGAGAAGACGCCAACUCGGAGGCAAUCGUCACCAUGUCCUUCUGAAGGCAAUCCCGAGGACCCUCAGAACCUCCAUCACACUAUCUCAAACACAAACGCCCCUCCUCCAGUCUUUGAUCCUGAAAGCUUCGACCCACCAGAUGGAGGCUUCACAGCCUGGUCCCAAGUUCUUGCUGGUGUCUUCAUCAAUUGCUUGGCAUGGGGCUACCCCGCCUCCUUUGGUGUAUACCAGCUUCACUAUGAAGAAUCGCUUGGAUUGCCUUCGUCACAAAUCUCGUGGAUCGGUUCCUGCCAGACUUUCCUGACAUUCGCGUUCUGUGGCCCAGCCGGCCGUCUUGCCGAUGCUGGAUAUACCAGAGAGACUGUCGCCUUCGGAAGCUUCCUGGCUAUCUUGGGAACCUUCAUGACCAGUCUGUGUAAAGAGUACUGGCAAAUAUUCUUGUCUCAGGGUGUCUGCACAGGUAUAGGCUUAGCCUUGCUAUUCAUGCCUGCUGUGACUGUUGUUGGUUCUUAUUUCAAAGCCAAGAAGGCAUUUGCUCUGGCGUUGGCUGCUACGGGCACUGGGCUGGGUUCCAUCAUUUUCCCUGCCACUCUCCAAUAUCUCAUCCCACAAAUCGGUUUCCCAUGGGCUGUCCGCUGUGCUGGUUUUGUCGCUCUCGUCUUGAUAGUUGCCGCAAAUCUCAUACUAAAGCCGUACCUCGCUCCGAGAAAAUCAGGGCCCCUGAUAGAAUGGGAAGCCUUCAGGGAACUCCCCUAUUUAUUGUUCGUGCUGGGCGCGUUUCUGAACUUUUAUGCAUUAUACUUUGGUUUCUUUUAUAUCAAUGUUUAUGCUCGCAACGUAAUUGGGUUUACAGCAGUUGAAGCUGUCAGCUUGCUACUGAUUGUGAACGCAAUGAGUAUUCCUGCACGGCCUAUAAUGGGUUACCUGGCUGACAAUAUCCUGGGACCGAUAAACGCAUUCCUUAUUGGGAUGACUGCACUCAGCGUCAUGGUGUACUGCUGGAUUGGCGUCAAGUCCGUCGCCGGCAUGUACGCUUUCUGCGUCUUCUUUGGAUUCGUGAACGGCGCGUGUCAGGGAACAUUCGUUGGUGCUAAUGCGAGCUUGACCAAAGGUAAGAGACCCCCCGACUUUUGCCUUGUUGUUCUCUUGUAUAUGACUGACCAAGUAAUAAAGAUCCCCGCAAGAUGGGUACUCGCUUCGGUAUGGUUCAGACGAUUUCUGCAUUUGCCAGUUUGGCCGGACCACCGACUGCUGGUGCCAUCCUGGAUAAAUCGAAUGGCAAUUUUGUAUAUGCACAGAUUUGGGGUGGUACUGUGUUUUUGUUUGGUGCUCUCAUGAUUGCUUCAUCUAGAGUUGCGUCAACCGGAUUUGUUUUGAUGAAAAAGAAAUAAAGAGGCAAAAAGAUUGGGCAUGUACAGGGAUACAACAAUUCGGUACUUAUGAUUGAGUAAGGAGGCAUGGGCUUUUGAGUAAGGCAACAAGUAAAUGGUAAUGUUUAAAUUGAAUGUAAUACAUCAGAGGCCUUUUCAUAUCCUGUGUAAGUGAUGAAGAGUCGUGAUGACUAGGCGAGCAAUCUGGCUCCCGUCUUGCCAUACAAAAUCGUGCUCACCUCUGAGGUGCUUAUUAACUUCCACUUUGAGUCCCUGCUCUGUUAGAAGAGAUGCCAUAUUAUCAAUCUCCGGCUCAUCAAUAAGUGUAUCCUCAGCAGACCAUGCAAGCAUUGCUAAUUUCCCACUUGCCCAGUUGUCUUUGAAGCUUGAUCCAAACCGAGCUGGUGAGGCUUUCUCCCAGGCAGACUUAUCGUCACCAAAUGCGGCUUCGAUAAAGCUAGCAUACCCGCCGUUGUGCCUGUCGUUGAGCCCAACAAGAUCGAAUAUACCUGAUACUCCAACAAUGGCAAUGGGCAAGGGUCCCUUGGGGUGAGAGGCGAGAAUGUCCCCACUCAUGAGAAGUUGGAACGCGAGUGUUGCACCGGCGGAGUGACCGACCAGGAUGUAGUUGUUUGACAGCUCGUACUUGCCUUGUAGGUAGUUCAAAGCUGACCAGAUGUCUUCUAAAUGAUCUGGGUGUUUUACAGUGGCAGACUCUUGGGGGAAGUCUGGAUGAGGUGAUAGCCGGUAGUCGAUACUGACGAAGCCAGCAAUAUCCAGUGUCGCGACUGCACCCGAGAUGACAAUGCGCUUGAUAGACUCGGUGAAAUCGUUUUCAUCGUUACGAGGAUCACGCCAGGCACCUCCAUGGAUGAAGCUGAAAGCUGUUAGUGAAACCGGAGAAAUAGGGAGAUCGAUGGGAAACCCUCACACCACCCAAUAACCAGUUGUUUGGGCCGGACGAUCAGCAAACCGCCAUACGCCUAGUUUCUGACGGUUAUGUUCCCCGUAUUGGUGAGACGCAUAAGUGAGCCCCAGAGAUUUGUCUUCGGCAAUAUCGGCCAUCUUGUUUCGCUUUAUGGGUGACUAUCGACGCUAUGACCCGAAAGGAAAUGUUGAUCACAGGGUUGUUCGCGGAGGUCAGUGAAGGAUUGGGUAUUAGAUGCGAGAAACUCAGAUCGGAGGCGUUAGUUCUUUUGGCCGUUUCUUAUAGCAGAAGCUUCUUAAAU